AUGCCAGACCGUUCAUUCAUUUCCAAAGAGGAGAAAACUAUUCCAGGCUAUAAGGUCUCAAAAGAACGUAUGACCGUUAUGUUGGAAGGUAAUCGUGCAGGAGAUUUUACGUUAACGCCAUUGCUUGUGUAUCAUGCACACAGCCCCUGUGCCCUGAAGAACAUACCCAAGGCAUCUUUCCCUGUUAUAUGGACGGUUAAUUCAAAAGCAUGGGUUACUGCUGUUAUUUUUGAAAAUUGGUUCUUCAAUAAUUUUAUCCCAGUAGAAGACAAGUUCUGUAAGGUGAAAGGGAUUCCUUUUAAGGUUUUAAUUAUCUUAAACAAUGUUCCUGGCCACCCGCAAAACAUCGUAGAUUUUGACCCCAACGUUACCGUCGUAUACCUCCCUCCGAACACCACGUCUCUUCAGCAGCCAAUGGAUCAGGGAAUAAUUGCUAUCUUCAAACGUUACUAUAUGAAGCGUACGCUGCGGCAAGCAAUAGCUGUAACUGAUCUUGACGAGUCCAUCACACUUCGUGACAUUUGGAAGAGGUACUAUAUCUACAAGGCUGUACAGAACAUAGCAGCGGCAUGGAAUGAUGUACAGAGCACGACUAUGAAUGGUGUAUGGAAGAAGCUAUGCCCGCAAUUCGUGAAUUAUUGUAAGGAGUUUGAUAAUGUUACAUUCAACAAAACAUUGGUGACUAUGAGCAAAGAACUGGAAAUGGAUUUGGAGGAGGAAGAUAUUUCGCAGAUUUAUUUGAAAAAAACAAGCAGCCCUCGACGAACGAGGAUUUGA